AUGAAUAGGAUUCCUACCAAAGUCAUGGAACCCAAAUCAUUUUCAGAAGCUGGCAGAAUCAGUGUGACAGUUGAAAUAUCAGCAAUGAAAGGGCAGAAUGAAAUCACUUUGGCCAAUAUACCAUUAUCUAUGACCAUUGGCGACUUGAAAAAGAAGCUGCACAUCGAACCAAAUUCACGUUUAGGACGACCUCAUGAAUCUGAAAAUUGGGAUAAUCAACGUCAGCUUUCGGAUUAUUUUGUUAGAGAUCAUGAACAAUUGGUUUGCGUUUUGCAAUGUACAAAAGAAGAAGAUUAA